UCGUUCCCGAAAUUCUGGCCGACAAACAGGGGAGAAUCAAAACAAUAUGACAGCUUGACAGUGCAGUUGGACUCUGAAAAACAAUCUGGUGGAAUAUGGACUAGAAAGUUUAUCUUGUCGCCUCAUCCAGUAUGUAUAAAUGCAUUUCGGGUUUUUCCAGCUAUAGGUUUUUAUUUGCCAAUUUAACAAGAGUGAUUUGGUUUUUUAUUUGAUCUCAACAAGUCUAGAUUACUAUUUAAAUAAUCUUAAUCAAUAAUCACUCCAACCGAAACCACAGAAAUUGUGUGUGUGUGUAUAUAUAUAUAUAUAUAUAUAUAUAUAUAUAUAUAUAUAUAUAUAUAUAUAUAUAUAUAUAUAUAUAUAUAUAUAUAUACAUAUAUAUAUAUAUAUACAGUAUAUAUAGGUCAUGUUAGUUUUAUUUAAAGAGAAUAUUUUGCAGAUAAUAUUAACCCUGCAUGACCCUAACACCAACUCUAACCACAACAAAAUCCUCAACAAUACUCUAAAACUAGCAAAUUUAAAUUUAGGAUUUGUCUGGUGGUCAAGUUGUUAAUAUUUUCCAUUACACGAAAUGGCCGGACCACCAAAUUCCGCCCGACGCAGAUGCAAUCAUCACGCUGACGUCAUUGGUUGAGAAUUCAAUAAAGAAUUAUGGUCUAGGGCCAAUCAUCGUUGUAUGCAGGUACAUUAUUAAAUUAUUUAAUACAGUAUUAGGCCUACAUAUUGUGCACUUAUUAUGUCUGCUCUGGAGAGUACCAAUGUUUAACGAGACGAAGUUGAAGGAAAAAAAUUGAGAUUCAAGCAAAAACAAAACAAAUAUUUCCUGAUAUAGAACAGCGACAUUAAUUGUUUUGUUUUUCAUGUAUAGCGGCAAAGAAUUAGUAAACAAAUUCACAAAUUAAACAAUUAUACUAGCUACUAAAAAAACGUUUCAGCAGUACUCCCUGUUGUUUUAAGAGUUUUUUGUAUUUUCCUUCUGCAUAUGUUAUACUGUAGUCUGUAAGUAUUCUUUUUCUAAACCGGUCGGUGGGAGCGAGUAACCUGCACUGGGGGAAAAAAGUGAAAUCCAUACUAUGAUAUUUGCAAUUGCACCACUAACUCCGUAGUACCCCCGUAGUAGUAUGUCCAUACUAUUUCGACAUUACAUCCAUAGCAUGGAAAUAUACAAUUAUAGGCCAAAAAAAUAUGUGGGUUUCCGGUUUCCCGACCCUACCUAGCUUUUGGACGUCGAAAUCCCUACCCUAACCUUUUUUUGGAUCAUGCUUGUAAGUGUUUCCACUUAGAGGAAAAAGUUUGUGGAAAAUUGAAAUUUGAGGCAAUAUUAAGGAAAUUUAUCUUUGGAUGUGGAAGCACUGACUAAACAAAAUGGCGUCCGGUUGUUUGGAAAAUCUAAAAAAAAAGUUUAAAAAAAAAAGUUAAAACCGACCUACCCUACCUAAGUUUUUAUAAGAAGAAACCAGAAACCCACAUAUUUUUUUUGGCCUUAUCAUGGAUAGUCAAAAUCCAUUCUAUUUCCAGUAAAGGUCCAUACAAUUUCCAUUCUAUGACCUUCUAUGGAUUUUCAAAAUUUUUUCCAGUGCUGUGGGAGCACCUCAGUUUUCAGCUUCGGUUGAUAACACAACUUUUGGCUUGAUAGUUCUUGAUAUUCUGCGAAAUUGUUAAUUGACAGUAUUCCUUUCUUACUGCGACAACUGCCGGUUGACAAUUCUCUGCCGGCAAAUGAUAAUAGUGCUCUAAAAAUGCUAUAGAAUCCCCGUUUUACAUCACAAAUUAAAUUUUAUAUCGUCCUCAAAAUAUAAGGCAAAUGAAAAUUUGAGAAAGCUUUUGGAAAUCCAAAGAAAGAAUUGGCAAUUAUUUUUCCUUUUCUACAUCAUAAUGUCUGUGCAUUUAAGUAAUAGCUCAAUUUGAUAUUUUUCAGAUCAAUUUGCAUAGGAUAGAAUUAUAUAUUUAUAUAUUUCAGCGAUGGAGCAGGUCGAACAGGAACAUACAUUGCAAUUUCAAACCUUCUUGAACGAAUGAAAAUUGAACAAGCAAUGGAUGUUUUCCAAGCCAUAAAAAUGAUCAGAGGAACACGACCUCAAUUUGUCGAAAAUGCCGUAAGUACAAAUUUGACGAAAAUGUAGCUGGACUUAACCUUAUUUUGUAUUAAUAACUAACACGAUUAUAGUAUAAGAGUCGUAUUUUUGGUUUUGAAAGAAUGGAUUGAGGGAGAAAUUAUUUAUAAGAAUUAUUCAAAUUAAUGCGCGGAGAGCAAUCGGUAGGCGGCCAUAUUGGCUUUUUGCUCGGAAAAUAACUGAUGACCAACUGUUACCGAUGUUGAACAUAUAGAAGCAAAUGUAUCCCAUGAGCAAGAAUCCCGAGCUAAAUCUCCCUCAAUCAUGGGGCCGGUUGUUCAAAGAUAGAUUAACGCUUAUAUAUAACACUUAUAUAUACAACCCUUUGUUAAAAUUUAACCAUGCAUCUGUUUGGGUAUAUAUAUAUAUGGGUACAUCCGCACUUCUGUUUAUUUCAGUCAACUGGAUUGAUCCAGACAAGAAUUUUGGAAAAAUAUCUUUAUGUUUAUAAACAAGCCAAGGACUUUUCGUUAGUCUAGGGGUAUAAGUAAAUCGGCUUUCGAACAACUGGGCCUUGAAUUGUAACAAAAAUUAAAUUGUUUUCUUCUUUAGGAACAAUACAAGUUCUGUUACACUGCCAUUAUGGCGUACCUGGAUGGCUUCAGUGACUACGCUAAUUUCGAGUGA